AUGUUAUGCAGUCGGAUACUGCGACCUAGAUAUGGUCAGAUCAAUCGUCUGUUUCUCCGAUAUGUACAUUCAGAUUCUAGCCUGUCUCCGGUGCUUCUAACGCGAGCUCGAUUACUUGUCUCCGAGCAUUCCGAACUGACAGAUCGAUUAUCGGGUUCAUUCGAUGCGACAGUAGCCAAACGCGCCGGAGAAUUGGCCCCGGUAACCUCAGUUCUAAAAGAAUGGGAGAAGGCCAACGAGUCAAUCGCUGAACUGAAAUCAUUAUUGGAAGAUGGCGACACAGACGAGGAGCUACGAUCUCUCGCGACGGAGGACCUGGAUUCGACCCGAGAAGCUUUACCCGCGAUAUCAGACCGAUUAAAGAAAGCUUUAAUCCCUCGACACCCUUUCGCAGACCUCCCGUGUCUUCUUGAAAUCAGACCCGGAGCCGGAGGUGAUGAGGCAGGUCUAUUUGCGCACGAGAUGCUUCGCAUGUAUAUGUCAUUCUGUUCACAACGAGGACUGCGACCAACAAUCUUGAAACAAGAUCUAGAAGUUGGAGCCUCUGAGGAUCUUCUCAGUGAAGGUGUUAUAGAAAUCGAAGCCGAAGGUGCCUAUGACAUUCUACGUACCGAAUCCGGAGUCCACCGUGUUCAAAGAGUGCCGGCCACCGAAACCAAGGGCCGUACUCAUACUAGUGCCGUCAGUGUGAUGGUUUUGCCCAGCUUCCCGGAAAGUGGGGGUGGUAUGGACAGUGCAUUGAAUUUCGAAGACCCAAACAGUGACUACUAUAUUGAUCCGCAGGAGGUGCGAGUCGAGAAGAUGCGAGCUGGAGGUGCGGGUGGACAGCAUGUGAACAAAACCGAAUCUGCGAUUCGAUUGACCCAUAUUCCUACAAAUACUGUGGUUUCUAUACAAGAUGAGCGCUCUCAGCAUGCAAAUCGCCGCAAAGCCUGGCAGAUUCUUCGGGCCAAGAUCGCGGAAGCACGUCAAGAAGCUCGAGAGCAGGAGCUAGUUGAUCUUCGCCGAGGUGCUAUGGGAGGAGUAGCUCGAAUGGGCCGUGGUGACAAGAUCCGAACAUACAAUUUUGGACAGAGUCGCUGUACAGAUCAUCGCAGCGGAACGACAAUCCAUAACUUGGACUCUGUUCUAGACGGAGGUCAUGGCCUAGAGACGGUCAUGGAGAGUGUGCGGACCUGGAUGGCAGACCGCGAAGUUGAGGCAAUGGUGGCCGAAGACAUGAUCAAGGAAAAGAAGGAGAAAAAAUAG